UCCAACUACGACUCCCACAAUUCUCCGCUGCGUCCAUUCGACACUUGCUUGGGUUAUGUUUCGAGUCAUGCACCUUUUUUGUCGCCCGGCACGAAGUGUUCACCGGUAAAACAUGGAGGUGACAGCUGCACGCCGUUCGUUUCUUUGCGACAUCGGUUUCUGGGCGGACCGGACUGCCCUGCAUGAAGCAGCUUCCCAUGGCAGGGCUCUGCAGCUGAAACAGCUGCUAGAAAGUGGAGCAUCAGUCAACAUGGUGACGGUGGACAACAUCACUCCGCUCCACGAGGCCUGCAUACAGGCUCAUCCAAACUGUGCCCGGUUGCUCUUGGAGGCUGGAGCCCAGGUGGAUGUACGGACAAUCCAUGGCAGCACUCCUCUGUGUCAUGCCUGUGCUUCUGGCAGCCUAGAGUGUGCGAAGCUGCUUUUACAGUAUGGGGCCAAAGUCAACCCAUCCCUCACUGCUCUUACUGCCUCACCACUCCACGAGGCCUGCAUAAAAGGUAAACCUUCAGCAGCAAUAAGUCAGGGUACAACCAAUCAUACCCUGUUUAAAUUCCCAAGUAAAACUGUGCCUUGCUUUUCAGGUAAUGUUGAAAUAGUGAAGCUGAUGAUAGCCAGCGGUGCCCAGCUGGAGGCGUAUGAUGUCCACUUUGGCCCACCCCUCCACAUUGCAUGUGCUAAAGGACACGUGGACUGUGUCAAGGAGAUGCUAAAUGCAGGUGCCAAUGUGAAUUCCGUCAAGUUCCAUGAGACAGCUUUGCACCAUGCGGCGCGGGUUAGCAUGGUGGACAUGAUCGAGCUAUUGGUGGAGUUUGGAGCCAACGUGUAUGCCAGCGACAACCUGGGAAGAAAGCCUGUAGACUACACAACACCUGUGUCUCCCCCUCACACCUGCCUCAUAUUUUAUGAGAGUAAUCCUCUGAGCCUGCAGCAGCUUUGCCGGAUCACAGUAAGGACGAUGCUUGGUACCAGAGCCUCAGAGGUCAUAGGUCAGCUGGACAUAUCACACCGCAUCUACAACUACCUACAGUACUGUGAUCAUCUCACAUCACUAGAGUGAUACAUGAAUGGAUUACUGUGUGAGAGACUGUUGUUUGAUAUUAAAUGCAAUAUCUCUCAAAAGAAGCAACACUGACACCAUGACUGCUUAGGUCUUAGGUUAUCUACCAUAUUUCUUGAAUUCAUGUCAUGAAACUCAGGAUCAGAGCCAUUGUUGCUAUUUAAAUAAUGUAUAGGUCAUUGUAUUGCAAUAUAAAGUUGUGUAUUAUGUAGCUCUAUGUGUUGUGAUGUAGAAUAAAUAUGUAUUGCGUUUA